UAUCGCAAAAAAAAAAAAAAAAAACAAGAAGAACACAAAAGCAGGACAAUUGUUCUUUUAUUACUUUUUAACAAGAAAUUGACGCACAAAAAUAUAAACAAAUCGCAGAAAAAUUAAGAAAACACUUAAUACUAUCAUAUAACAAAAAUAUAGAUUUGAUUAACAUUAAAAUACUACGAUAAAAAAGGCAACAAGUGGAUUUGUGUAGAAUUUGUUAAAUUUUAUAUUUUUACAAUUUAAUAAAUUGUGAAAUAAAUAAAAGCAAGUUACUUAAACGGGUAGGAACAAUUUACAGUGGGUUUUUCAGACGACAUUGACGAUUUUGACGACGCCAUGGAUCUGUGGGGGAUUUUUAUGUUCUUCUUUUUGGCCUUCAUCAUAAUGAGCUGCUGUGGCUACUGCUGUUCCCGUAAGCAACGUGGAGCCGUCUUAUCUGCACCUGUGGUUGUAACAUCUGCUACUCAUACAGCACCUGGUGGUUAUCCCGUUACACAAAUGCCAGUAGGGGCUACAACAACAGCGUAUCCAUCACAAGCCUAUGCUGCGCCCUACCCUCCUCAGGGAGCUCCUACACAAAUGCCCAUGCCAAUGCCUAUGCCUGCAGGUCAACCUCCAGUUGGUAUGCAACCUCAUUUACCACCAUAUCCAGCGACUAAUAUGAAUCCACCUCCCUAUGAUGUGGCUGUUAAUUGUGCCGGUGCUGGGCAAGUUAACAAUACUGGUUACCAAAAACAAGCACCCUACAAUCCCAACUAUCCAAUGUAAACAAAUGUUUUCCAACAUUUCAUUUUUCCAUACAAACUAGAGAUACAACCAACGACUUU